AUGGAAAAAUAAGUCAAUAUUUCUGAAUAGAUCCAAUAGUCUUAUUUCAUUUUAUAAAGCAGUAUCCCACAUAAGCUUGUUGAACUACCACUAUUCAUAAACUUUAAGAAGAUUUCUCAACCAGCUAAAUGCAGACACUGGAUUCUAGACCAUCAACAUAUCAGAGAGAAAAGUGGAAAAUGCAAUAGAUUACAAUCCUAUGAUGUUUUAAUGAUCAAAAAGAAAACGAGACAGACUAGAUCAUCGAAUGCUCAAGUUCGAGACUGCUAUUAUGAAAAACUUGGUAAAUUUGAGGCUUGUGGACAGAAUAAAGAAACCAAUACCUAAAUGUGA